CGGGAAAGGAGUAAUUUUUCAAUUUUAUUUCUUAAGAUAAAUAAAAUCUUUUAGGUGUGACAGUGGACGUAUUGGAUUUGCAACCUCAUGUGGUGGGAAGAUUUGGGAGCCAACUAGCCAUAAACCGUACGAGGGAAAAAAAGAAAACAGCAUACGUGUACAAACAAAAGCCAUUACUCGUGCCACCAAUCUUCUCAUGCUACAAACUUCUUGAAAAGAGCCAUUCAGUUUCUCCUUGCAAAAAUUACAGUGUGUUUUGGAUUCUUGAAAGUUCUUUGUAAGUAGAAGAUGGCUUUGCAUUUUAGCAGUGGCUGUUUGUUUUCAUUGAGCCAGAGGAGGAGCGGUCAGAAAAUCAGAGCAGUAACUUCUAAGAGCAGUGUUAUAGAAGACGACAAGGUGAAGCUUGGUGGGUCUGAUUUGAAGGUGACUAAGCUUGGAAUUGGAGCCUGGUCUUGGGGUGACACCAGCUAUUGGAACAACUUUGAAUGGGAUGAUAAGAAGUUGAAGGGUGCAAAGACUGCUUUUGAUGCUAGCAUUGAUUGUGGAAUAACAUUCAUCGAUACUGCUGAGGUUUAUGGUUCAAGGUUCUCAUUCGGUGCGAUAAAUUCUGAAACACUACUAGGAAGAUUCAUCAAGGAAAGAAAAGAAAAAGAUCCAGAGUUGGAGGUUGCUGUUGCAACUAAAUUUGCUGCAUUACCAUGGAGGCUUGGCCGUCAAAGUGUCCUAGCGGCCCUAAAAGAUUCUCUUGCACGUCUGGAACUUUCUUCAGUUGAUCUUUAUCAACUUCACUGGCCAGGAAUAUGGGGAAAUGAAGGUUAUAUUGAUGGUUUAGGAGAUGCAGUGGAGCAGGGCCUUGUAAAAGCUGUGGGAGUAUCUAACUAUAGUGAAAAGCGUCUUCGCAGUGCAUACGAGCAGCUGAAGAAGAGAGGUAUUCCACUAGCUUCAAAUCAAGUCAAUUAUAGUCUGAUAUACAGGUUGCCAGAGCAAAAUGGUGUAAAAGCUGCCUGUGAUGAACUGGGAGUCACGUUGAUCGCAUAUUCACCCAUUGCUCAAGGAGCUUUGACUGGAAAAUAUACUCCAGAAAAUCCUCCUACUGGACCUCGCAGACAGAUAUAUACUCCUGAAUUUUUAACCAAAUUGCAGCCACUCAUAAAUAGAAUAAAGGAGAUUGGAGAAAGCUACAGUAAGACUCCAACGCAGGUGGUCCUCAAUUGGUUGAUUGCACAGGAUAAUGUUGUUCCCAUCCCAGGAGCCAAAAAUGCAGAGCAAGCUAAAGAAUUUGCUGGUGCAUUGGGUUGGAGACUCACUCAACAAGAAAUUGGCCAACUUCGCUCUUUGGCAUCUGAUUUAAAACCUGUUACAGGUUUCCCUGUCGAAAAGUUAUAAUCUGACAACAUUAUUUUUACAUGUACAUUAUUCUUUACCUAUUGUAUUUCACUGUGAUUAUUUAUUUGCAUAGAAAAUGUAAUUCAGAAAGUCUUGGAAA